CACGCAAGACUACGUGCCAAAUUGAGCGACCCUCUCGGUUAUCCACUCUUGUUGCUCAACAGUCACCAUGUUCAUCGUCAAUUGGUUCUGGGACAUUCUUGCUCAGCUUGGGCUGAUGCACAAGAACGCCAAAAUUCUCUUCCUUGGUCUGGACAAUGCUGGCAAGACAACGCUUCUGCAUAUGCUGAAAAACGACAGACUGGCCACCCUUCAACCCACCCUCCACCCCACUUCCGAGGAACUGGCAAUUGGUAACGUGAAAUUCACUACGUACGAUCUUGGCGGACAUCAGCAAGCCCGUCGCCUCUGGCGCGACUACUUCCCCGAGGUCGAUGGAAUCGUGUUUUUGGUCGACUCUGCAGACUUCGAGCGUUUCGCUGAAUCAAAGGCUGAGCUUGACGCUCUGCUUUCUAUCGAGGAGCUGGCCAAGGUUCCAUUCCUAGUUCUUGGCAACAAGAUUGAUGCUCCUGGCGCAGUCAGCGAGGAGGAAUUGAGGCAUCACCUUGGGCUGUAUCAGACAACCGGCAAGGGCAAGGUCCCAUUGAACGACAUUCGACCCAUCGAGAUAUUCAUGUGUUCAGUCGUCCAGAGACAAGGGUACGGCGAAGGAUUCCUAUGGCUCUCACAAUACGUAUGUCCUACCCCCACUCAUGUAUCUCAUUUUGACUGAUAUAUGACCUUUCCAGAUAUGAGCCCAUGCGUCGCGAUU